UCUCGUCUCUCCUAGUGAAACCUGUCUGCUUGCAGCCUCCUCUCUGCAGUUGCAGGCUGCACUACAGCUGGUAGAGCUUGACCACAGGUUGCGCAUGAGGACCGAGGUCCACGCGUCCAGGAAAGCAGUCAAUAAAAGGACUUUGAAGUGAAGUUGAUGUUUCACUCGGCAGCACUUCCCUCAACAUGAGGGACCGUAACUGAUUUUGGAUAUUAAACACAGAGUGCCUGCUGCUAAAAGUUUACUAACCAUUUUUUUUUUUUUUUUUUUUUAGAGUUUCGGUGAUCCGAAUUGGGCGCAAUUACGCACUGCGAGCAUUAUGGCACAGAUUUUGGAUAAGCGUGCUCCCGUUUUGCUCUUGGUUUGGAGCUACUGCGUCCUGGCAAACACUGCCUUUACGAACUUUACGUUGGACAACGAGUUUCACUCCAGUUUCAUCCACCGUCGGCUGAAGAGCCAGGAGCGCAGAGAGAUGCAGCGGGAGAUCCUGUCGAUCUUGGGACUGCCGCACCGGCCGCGACCCCACCUCCAUGGAAAACACAAUGCUGCCCCGAUGUUCAUGCUGGACUUGUACAACGCCAUGUCUACAGACGGAGACGAGGACAGAUACUCCUACCCUUACAAACCCGUCUUCACCACACAGGGUCCACCGAUAGCCAGCCUGCAAGACAACAACUUCUUAAACGAUGCAGACAUGGUCAUGAGCUUUGUGAAUUUAGUGGAGCACGAUAAAGAAUUCCUACCGGUGCGGCGGCAUCAUCGAGAGUUCAAAUUCGAUCUAUCACGAAUCCCUGAGGGCGAGGCAGUCACUGCUGCCGAAUUCCGUAUAUAUAAAGACUUCAUCCAUGAACGGUAUGAUAAUGAGACCUUCCGUAUCAGCAUCUACCAGGUGUUGGAGGAACACUCAGACAGGGAGUCAGACCUAUUUCUGCUGGACUCGAGAGUGAUCUGGGCAGCGGAGGAGGGCUGGUUGGUGUUUGAUGUAACAGCCACCAGUAACCACUGGGUCCUGAACCCUGGCAGAAAUCUGGGUCUACAGCUGGCUCUGGAGAGCACAAAUGGAGAGAGUAUCAGUCCUCGUACGGCAGGCCUGGUUGGUCGCAGUGGGCCUCAGAAUAAACAGCCCUUCAUGGUGGCCUUCUUCAAAGCCACUGAGGUGCACCUGCGAAGCAUCCGCUCAGCUACAGGAGGGGGCAAACAGCGUAACCCCAGCCGCUCGAAAGGGGCAAAAAGCCAAGAGGCGCUUAGAGUGGCCAAUGUUGCAGAAAACAGCAGUACUGAUCAGAAGCAGGCAUGCAAGAAGCAUGAGCUCUACGUCAGUUUCCGAGACUUGGGGUGGCAGGACUGGAUCAUUGCUCCAGAAGGAUAUGCAGCAUAUUAUUGCGAGGGAGAGUGUGCCUUCCCGUUGAACUCCUACAUGAACGCCACAAACCAUGCCAUUGUGCAAACACUUGUUCAUUUCAUUAACCCAGAGACAGUUCCUAAACCCUGCUGUGCCCCCACGCAGCUCAACGCCAUCUCUGUGCUCUACUUUGAUGACAGCUCGAACGUCAUUCUCAAGAAAUACCGCAACAUGGUGGUCAGAGCUUGUGGCUGCCACUAGACCAUCACCAUCCUCGCAUGGACACAUGCGUACGCACACACUCUUGGGAAAAAAGGGCUUCCCCCUUGCUGUAAUUUAAACAUGUUGAGAGUUGGUUACAAAAUAUACUAUGUGCUUUUUUUUUUAAAAGACUCUCUGUCAUUCUCAAAUGAACAGAUAAACACACACACUCAUGUUUGUGCUUUCUACUGUGUAUACGAUACAUUUAAAACAGUGAUUGUAAUGUAUAUUCAUUCACACCCAACAAUCUUUUGUUUAUUUCAGUAAUUAUUCUAAUUAUUGUAGUUUAUACUUUUACUGAGCGAGGGAGGAUGAAUCUGUAUUUUUCUUCUAUGUACAAUACCAUGUAAAUAUUUUGUUUUUUCAAAAACAAAGCAAGUGUAUUUAUUUUCUGUCACUUGGAUUUGUGUUUUUUUUUUCCUUUAUGUAAAGCUGCCUACUUCCUUUGUCAGUAUGAGUGCACACAAACUCUGAAGAAAUGAAAAGAAAACUACUUUUGGCAUUAGCAUUGAGUUCAAAUACGGCACACCGCGCUCUGCCUCAGAAGCAUGACACAUUUAUUUUGUAACAACAAUCAGCUGAGCUGUCAGAGAGAUGGGGGGGAAGAGAGUGGGAUCUUUGUACGAAGCAUCUUGUUCUGUGUGCUCGACAUUUUCAGGUUUAUAUUUUUCUGCUGUAAUACAAUCUGUCAUAUUUAAAAGGUCUAUUUAUUGAGAGCCGGCUAAGUAACCAUGUGCUCCAAUGUCUCGACUAUGUUUUACUGCUGAACUGGUACAACAAUAAACAGGAGAAAAGCAA